CACGCACUUAUCAGCCGGUGUCUCCUCACUUACUCGUUAAAUUAACAAUUGCAUUUCGUUCAGUUUAACAAAAUGACAUGUUGUUUAGUAACUACGGUAAUAUUUAUUGUUCUAUUAGUGUUUUUCCUGAGGAAGAAAGAUCCUGAAGCAAUAUUCGGUAUAUACUCUGUGCCCGGCAAAUGGUAUUAUUUAAAAUAUAUAGUGUUUUCAUGUCUUUAUUACUAUAGAAAGUAUUCUAAGAAAAACAAUGGAGCUGGUACGGAUGGGCAAGCGGGGCAGGGUGUGAGAGCUAUAGCAAAUCCGUCGGAAAUGGACAGAGCGCAACCUCUGAGUGAGCACGCUAAGGCUUUCGACGCAGUAUUCUUCAUAUCCGCGAUGAAAGAUGAAAAAGAAGAUAAGGGCGUGUACAUAAUAUCAGGAUGCGAGCGACGACCAAUGGGCAUGUGCAAUGGGCUUUUUUACAUCGGGUUGCCGGGUAAAGGUCUUCUGUGCAGCAAGAAGAUACCCGAUACAGUGCUAUUCGGUGCUCAGAUUGGUGAAUUUGGAGCGGAAGGUAUAAUGAUGACACCCGUUGAACCAAUGAAGAAGUGGGCCGUGUCUUAUAAAGGCCCAAUGUGGUAUCAAAAUGAGCCAAGCAAGGUGGUAGACGUCGAAUUCAAUGGCGAAUGGAAUGCAACGAGCGACUACUUCGAUUACGACUGUGAUCUACAUCCACCCGCUGUCAUCCGAUCCAUCGCUAGAGAAAAAUGGAGCAGGAAAUACUUUGAAUCACUUAAAACUGCUCACCAAUCUCAUUACGAACAAUUCGGCGAGAUGAAAUGCAAGUUCAAGAUUGACAAGGAGACGUUUGAAUAUACACUGCCGUCAUUCAGAGAUCACAGUUUUGGUAUUUUGGCAAUCAUAUUCAGAAGCAACAUAUUAAAUAUAUUAUACGCCGCUGCGGGUGCGUUGAUCUUCUCUCUCUAUCUCGUGUACGACACGCAGCUGAUGAUGGGAGGCAAGCACAAGUACAGCAUCUCUCCAGAGGAAUACAUCUUCGCAGCUCUGAACCUCUACUUGGACAUUGUCAACAUUUUCCUCUUCAUCCUCACAAUUAUCGGAAUGUCGAAAUAG